AUGGUUGUUGCUAAUGACUGGACUGCAAUGAGAAAAAUGGUAGCAUUUAAUCGCUUGUUAACUAAUGCAAAAACUGUGGAAAAAAUAUUUGUGCCUGAUCACCGUGCAGCAUGCUGUCCGCCGUUCAAAAUCCUAACUACCAUCACCUUUGUAAGUGUUUCCAGCGAAAAGGUGGUAAUUAAAGACGAGCUGUAUGUCGCAGAAUUUAAUUCCACUUGGUAUCGAGUUCAAGUGCAAUAUAUCAAUCGUAACAAUAAUACCUGCGACGUUCAAUUAAUUGAUGAAGGCUAUGAUGUGGAAUUACCACUCAACUCAGUGUUUGCCCUCAACGCUCAAUUCGUCGAUGAACCAUACGACAGACGUUAUAGCACACAGUUUUCAACACCACUAAAGUGCUGGACAACUUUAAAACAAGCUGGAUUUUUGGACUGCAGUAGCAUUCAUAGAGGAGACAUGUUAGAUGCAUUUGUGCUUUCAGAUGCGGAACCGUUCUUAGCGUUUUUCAAACGCAGUGCUACUUUUGGUGCACCUAUAUAUUUUUUUGGUAAUGCAGCGAAAGAUAAGAAAAGUUCAAAAAUUUUUUCAUGGGCACCAAAAAGCCUCUUGAGAACUGAAGGACAAUACAAUUGCUUCAGCCAUUCACUUACUUUGGGUACACUCAGAAAUAGGGCUAAGCAGAGGAGCCCAAUUCUACCCAGGCCAAAAUUUUUUGCUCGCUCUGUCAUUAGUGAAGGACCGAAGUCUCCUUUUUGUACUUCAUUUAGUUCAACGGAUACGCUUGGACACAAAGCCAGUACAAUGAGGAGCUCUGGGCAAAGUUCUUGGGAUGACACCUCAACGUUUGGAAUGGCCGAAAAACCAUUCACGAAAUCGCUGAUGCAUGACAGGCGCGGAGAAUUCAAGGGAAUUAGCAGUUUUGGUAGUUCUCGGCCAGUGUCAGAUCUAAAUGAAUUAAACUGUUGCCCCAUUAUACGCGAGCUGGAAAUCAAGCUUAACGCUAAAGUUUUGAAUGCGAAUAGUCCUUGUGAGUUAUACAUAGAAACUGAAGGAACCAAAAAAGAAACGGGACUACUGAGACAACUUUUAAAAAGAGCCACAACGAGAAGUUUAAAAAAAGUCAAUCCAAUUCACCUUUCAAAGGGCGAUAUGUUGUUGUAUAUGCCAACCGAUGUGGAUCCACAGAGAGUGCGCAUUAAGGAGAAAGGAGUCGAUGGGCUGUCUUUGUUGUGUGUUGAUAAUGGCGAGGAACUAUUUCCUGAUAGUGAGGAAACAGGGUUUUACAGUUUGCCUCCUGAGCUGGAGCUGGAUCGGGUCAGGCCUGCUUGCCUAGGACCACUGAAGCUAGACGGUCAGUGGUCGGCAGAUUGGAUGACAGUAAAUUCUUCAGUCCGACUUAGAGAACUUUGUGAAACAGUCGACUUUAUACGUUUCGUUGGUGGCGAUCCGGAAAAGGUAACAUUGCUCGAUAAAGAAGGAAACAGCAUCAAUCAGAUAUUUGCCGAUUACACAAAAACAUCUCCAGCGAAAUGGCGUAAAGCUUAUGUUGGAGAUGUAUCGCAAGAUAGUGUUUCAAAUAUAGAUCUCCCAACAGUAUUAGUAAUUCUAAGCGACUUUGCCAUUGACGCUUCAAGAAGGCUUCGAAGUUUUGCUCGAAAAGGAGUUUGUGUUGCUGGUGGUAAAUUUAAAGCAGGUUCAAUUACAUUAUUGCCACAUGAUGCCUUUAGAACACGAGUGCAUACUGAGGGUCAAAGCGCUUUAUUGACAACUCGGGACACUCGGCGUUUCUGCCGGUUUACUCGGUGGAAGCAUAGUGUAGAAGGUUCAUACUGGUUGGCACAAAUUAUGAAUGAAACAAGCUUGUAUACAUGUAUAAUAGUUGAAGGAUUUUCAUGGAAUUUCUUAAAUGGUGAAGGCGAAAAAAGUUCAAUUUACGGGUUGGAUAAGACACUUAACGGUCUUUGUGGGGAAUGCAGAUCUGGUGUUAGGUCGUUAUCCGGCUCUUUUUGGCUUGUAUCGGUCGGGUUUCAUCAUGACAAAGGUCUCUUGUGUGGCAUGUGUUCUGAGGAGUCGUUUACUGAUUGCACAGCAAAUUUUGGUCCUCUAAUUAUGGAUCGUGAGAAUACUGAGACUUUUUUUACUUCAUGCUUGGAGAGUACGCAACAGUGCAAUAAUUUAAGGAGAAAUAACUUUUGUAAAAAGCAGUCGACAUGGGAUUCGUCAGGAAGUAGUUUUUCAUCGGAUUUCCAAAACUUCAAGGAUGGUCAGACAAAGACCACUUGCAAAAGUAGCCAGCUUACUCCCUACGACAGUAACUUACCUUUCAUCCCUUUCAGCGACUGGUUGACAAAUUAUCAGGUGUGCAUGGAAACUAAGUUGGUUGCGCAGAAAAACGGUAACACUUACCUCUAUUACGCAUGCGAAGCAAAUGAAAACCAAAAGAAGCUCUAUGAGCAUCUUGCUGAUGAGAUGAAAGAGUUUUACAAAUCUUUUAAAGUUGCUGAGGUGCAGAUGCGAAGCGAUCGAGUUAAAAUUGGGCAGUACUGUAUGUUAUGUUCAGUCUCGGAUGUGGCAUUCGACUUUGUUUUCAAAAGAGGGAAGAUUCUUCAAAUACGCGAUGAUGGGGAUAUUUACGUGGAAUGUUUGGAUGAUUUAACUUUUGCUUAUGCAAAACCUCAGGCAAUAUUCGAAUUAGAUGUUCGUUUCACUAAGCUCCCUUUUCGGUACGCUCCGGUGCGCUUCAGAGCUUCUCAGCAUGUUGUUCAAGAUGUUUUUGAUAUGGUUGAGGAAGUGAGGUUUCAGUGCAUUUCUGCCAUAGAAGAACAAGGAAAGAGUCAUAAUGUACUCGUUGUUGGUUUUGACAAGGAGACGCAACAGUUUGUUAUCGACAUCGUUAUCAUGGUCGAGGAAAGGCGUUAUUCUCUAUUCUCUCUGGAAGUUGCUUAUCUGCAUGGAGUCCCUUAUAGGGACGAAUUUGAAAAAGAGGUAACGUUUGAUGGACUUAUUGCAUGUCCUGAUGCACUACAUCAACUUGAUGACGACUAUAAGUGAUUGGUAAAAGCAAUCUUUGAGAAUAAAUGCAGUUGGAACUGCUCUUUGGACGGAUGUAAUGUUGAUUUUUGCGUUCUCUCGGAUAACGAUUUUGUGAAUGAUGCCGACUUUGCAAGUGUGGUCGUUUACAUGUUCUGUGAGGAAGUACAUUCAAGGAGAGGUCGGGAGUCAUAA